CUGCUUGGCGCGUGCCCGCCCCGGACACCAGCGCGAAGGCAGCCCGGGCUCAGACGAGCCUUGGCCGGGGAGAGAGGAAGAUGGAGGCGCGGGUCGUCGCUGGGAGAUUCCUGUGGCUGCUGGCGAUGUGCGCCGUCCUCUGCGUGGACACAGUCCUGGGGAAAUACGUCAAAGGCGUCGUGGACACCAAAGAGGAAUGGGUUUUCCUCACUCGCUUCUGCUUCCUCACUGACUUUGGACGCCUGGACUUCCGGUUCCGUUAUUCUAAGUCUCGCUGCUGUCAGAACAUAUUACUCUACUUUGAUGACGCCUCUCAGUGGCCAGCUGUGUACAAGAGGCCUGAAAAGAACUGCUACCAGAAAGAGGCGGUGCUGAGGCCCGAGAACAACCAGGUCAUCAACCUCACCACCCGAUACACCUGGUCGGGAUGUGUGGUGGAGGGAGACGGCGACGAGGAGGUCCUGAGCUGCGUGGGCGGCCGCAGUUUUCGCUCGGUGAGAGAGAGGUGGUGGUACAUCGCUCUCAGCAAGUGCGGGGGCGAUGGCCUGCAGCUGGAGUAUGAGAUGAAACUGACAAACGGCCAGUCUUUCUGGACGCAGCACUUCUCAGCAGACGAGUUCGGAAUCUUGGAGACAGACAUCACCUUCUUGGUCAUCUUCUCCAUGGUGUUCCUGCUCUCCUGCUACUUUGCCUACAAUUUGAAGGGGAGACAGCUUCUUCACACAACCUACAAAAUGUUUAUGACGGCCGCAGGUGUGGAGGUGCUCAGCUUGUUGUUCCACUGUAUCUACUGGGGCCUCUACGCUCGCGAUGGAGUCGGCAACGGCAGCCUGAAAAUACUCGGGAAAUUACUCUUCUCCAUCAGUUUCCUGGUGUUCCUUCUUAUGCUCAUACUGUUGGGCAAAGGCUUCACUGUCACCAGGGCAAGGAUCAGUCACAGUGGCUCAGUGAAGCUGAGCAUCUACAUGACCGUUUACACCAUCACCUACGUCAUCCUCUUUAUCUACGAAGCAGAGUUCUUCGAUCCAGGCGAGGUUCUGUACGCCUACGACAGCCCGGCCGGCUACGGGCUGAUGGGCCUGCAGCUGCUGGCCUACGUGUGGUUCUGCUACGCCGUGCUGGUCUCUCUUAAGCACUACCCCGAAAAGCAGCCCUUCUACGUCCCCUUUUUCACCACAUACACGCUAUGGUUCUUUGCUGUGCCAGUGAUGGCGCUCAUCGCUAACUUUGGCAUCCCUCGAUGGGCUCGGGAAAAGAUCGUCAAUGGCAUCCAGCUCGGCAUCCACCUCUACGCUCACAUCGUCUUCCUGGUCAUAACGCGGCCGUCGGCUGCCAACAAGAACUUUCCUUACCAUGUGCGGACAUCACAGAUAGGCAUCCUCCUGUCCAGCCCGAAAGGAGGCGAGGGGGCCGAGAGCUUCCCGCACCACGCCUAUGGAAAUGGUUCCUUCCUGGGAGACUCCCAGCCCAACUUCACAGAGCUCUUUUCCAUCCAAUCAGAUCCCGUCAAGACGGUGGAGGAGACGGUCGCCAAGAAGGUCCCAGAGGUGCCGAGGAAUAGCGAGCAGAAGAUCAUCACCACCACCGCCGCCGCUGACCUGACGGCCAUUUUGCCGCUGCCGCCGCCACCUCCACCACCAGCCAUCCCACCUCGCCUGGCCGUACGCUCGCCCCCUCUCCCCGUCCGCCUUCCGUCCUUCACCGAGUACUUCAGCAUGCAGGGAGGAGGAGGUGCGUUUGGAUCCAAGGCGUGAGACGACAUGAAGGUCAAGAUGGCGUGAGUACAAAAUAAAAGACAGCAGAGACGGACAAAGACAAAAAAAAAAAAAAGUGCGUUACAUGAAAUAUCCCGAUUGAUGGAGGGUGUCGAAGAAGCAGCAAUAAAUAUGUGAGCAGUGGAGGGAGACAGACAACCGAGUAGACGCGGUCGCAGCAAUAGAACGAUAGUCCAGCAUCACAGAUUGUAAAUAGCUUAAACCGGACAGAGCUCCCACUCUGUGUCAUUUUUCAUUCCCAGUCGGUGCUGUCAGCAUCAAGGACAAAAAUAAUGCCAUCACAUUUCACUUGUUUAGAUAUUUAUUCUGUUAUGUUUGCUCAUUUAUAUCCUUCAACGCCUUCAUCGCAGCCGGUUAUUCCGGAUGUGUCAAUGUAAAACCUUGUUUCUGCUACAAAAAUGAACUAAGAAUUGAAAAAAAAAAAAAAAAAAAAAGCAUGUUUGUAUUGUAAUAUCUGUCCAUAAAGUCUAUCCAUGCCCUACUGAUAUCAUACAAAUACCGUAUUUCCUUCAAUUAGGCAAGCGUUUAUAAAUUUGAGUGUGAUGUAAGGAAACAUGAAAAGCGCAUUUAAUAAAAAAAAACGUUAUUAUGGUCUUACCUUUACUUAUAAAUGAAGUCCAUGCGCCGCUCCGUCUGAACAAAAGCAUGGAUAACUUGUUUAUAGAAGUCUUCCUUAUCUUUCUUCACUUUUAAAAGUCUCUCUGUCUCCAUGGAGAUCUUCCUUUAAUUAUUACCUCCUGCUUCCAUUGAAAACUGUUGUUGUCACUUCUUCUGCAGCCGAGUAGUCACAGGAAGGAUCACCAUAGCGCCCCCUAGCACCGUGAGGCGGGAGUCAUUUAAUGACUCAUAUUUGACACACACAGCUAUAUUAAUAAAACAUUUUUACUCUUCUUUUUAGCAUAUUCAAUAUUGGACUUUAAAUCCUACUGAAUAGCUCUUUAUCUUCUUCCCUUUAUGCCAUUUUUAAUGAUUGAAAUGAGCCUCCUCCAUUUUGGAAAAUGAUGCCUUGAAAGGUGAAGUGUCACUCGUGACGUGACGAGUUUGACCCGGCGGUAAAACGAGACAUGCGCUAAUUAUUUUGCUAAACAAGUUUAAUUCUAAGCAUGCACUAAUUCUAAGCAUGCGCUAAUUAUUUUGCGAAACGAGUUUGACCCGGCGGUAAAACGAGGCAUGCGGAUAAUAUAUACCCGGCGGCAAUUCAAGGAAAUACGGUAUUCAUAGACUGACAAUAUAAAACCAAUUCUGUCUGGAACGCCACUUUUUCCGGUUGUAGACGUUGGUGAAUGUACUGAAGCGUAACAGCACAAAGAGUCAAAUCAUGAAGCCUUCAUUUGAGCAUUUAUCCUCUCACUAACGAGCUAUAGCAAAUAGCCCCGAACUGACGAUGUCAUUUUUUCCCCUCAAGUGGCGCUUAAUUUUUUAAAAUAUAAAAAAAACCCCUUAAAGAUAAAGUUUUAGUGAUUAAAAGUGUUUAAAUCUGAGCACAACGUUAGCGAGCGUAGCAUCAGAAACUGUGAGCUAAAAUCAAAUAUGAUUUUUUUGGACAAAUAUAAUUAAAAUAAGAGAUUAUAUGGCCUACAAGUGCGUGUCAUUUUAAGUAUGUAAGGUUGUAUUUUUGCCUCAUCCUUCACUGAAAGCCUGAGUGAAGAAUGUACUGCCCAACUGAUAAGUCCACAGAGAAAGAGAUGAUACAUUAUUAUCUACUCACAUAUGCUACCUGGUGGUUGUUUGAGCACACUGCAGCUAGUCCUGGAUAGUCCCACUCCUUAACCUCUUAAAGGCCUACUGAAAUGCGAUUUUCUUAUUUAAACGGGGAUAGCAGGUCCAUUCUAUGUGUCAUACUUGAUCAUUUGGCGAUAUUGACAUAUUUUUGCUGAAAGGAUUUAGUAGAGAACAUCGACGAU